AAGUCCACCCUCAAGAUGAAGACCACCUCCAAAAGCUACUAAAGAGCUCCAGCUGCCCCGUCCUCCAGCAUCCCUAUACCUUCACAGCGUCACAUAGAACCUCCUGGGACCCUAAAGAGAAAAAGUGAGUGCUUUCUGCAAGGAUUUGGGCAAUGCUAUCCUGCAAAUAUUUUUACUAAGAUCACCAAGAGGACAAAAAAGACAAGAAGAAAGAAGAACUGGAAUAUGCAAUUGAUAGUAUGCUUCCUGUUUAUCCUCCACAUGAGCACCGCGUCCAAUGCUGACUCCUGUCCUGAUGCCUGUAAGUGCUCAGAAUGGAAGAGUCGCACCAUCUCUUGUAUUGGCAUUGAUAUGAUCCCCAAUUUCCCAGCUAGCACAGAGACACUAUGGCUUUUUGAGACUCGUCUGUCAUCUGUGCCAUCAGAUGCUUUUGCCCGGGUGGUUAACAUCUCAAGGAUAUAUAUAUCAGUGGAUGUGACUCUGUGGAGACUAGAGAGGAACGCAUUUCACAACCUGAGGCAAAUCACCCACAUAGAAAUACGGAAUGCAAAGAAUUUAACCUACAUUGACCCGGAAGCCUUUAAGAAUCUCCCCAACCUGAAAUACCUGGGGAUUUUCAAUACAGGCCUUAACAGCUUUCCUGAUUUGAGCAGCGUCCACUCAAAUGAAAACAAUUUCAUUCUGGAAAUUGUAGAUCAUCCUCACAUUACUGUCAUUCCACCCAACUCCUUCCGUGGCAUCACCAGUGAUUUGCUGACAGUGAUGCUUUAUGGAAAUGGCUUCAGAGAAAUCCAACAUCAUGCCUUCAACGGGACCAAGCUGGAUCAAGUUGAUCUUCACAGGAAUAAAUAUUUGACCAAACUGGACGAAAGAGCUUUUGACGGCGCCAUCAGCGGGCCCAUGCUUUUAGACAUAUCCCAGACGGGGAUUACCUCCCUGCCCACCAGCGGUAUGGAGUCCCUCAGAGAGCUGAAGGCCCGUAAUGCUUGGGCCCUUAAGAAAUUACCACCUAUCAAAACUUUCAAGCACCUCACCACGGCUAAUCUUACCUACCCCAGCCACUGCUGCGGCUUCAAAAAUCUCAAAAAGAAACGAGGAUUUAGGGAGUACAUCCUCUGCAACCUGACAGCAUUCCUCCAGAAUGAUGCUGACCAGCAUCAGAAGCGUUCUGUAGCGCCGCUCCACACGGCUUCCCUCCAAGGCCCCGUAGACAUCCCAGAGGAACCCAACGACGACCGAGACGGCUUUCACGGCAGUUUGCACUACCACGCCUACUUUGGUGGCCAUCCGGAUGAGGAUGUGGGUUUUGGAGAAACGCUCAUGAACCCUCAAGAGGAUCCAAGCGAAGAUUUUGAUAAUCGUUACGAUUACGUGGUGUUGUGCGACGAGGGGGAGGAGGUGAUGUGUGCGCCGGUGCCUGAUGAGUUCAACCCUUGUGAGGACAUCAUGGGCUUUGCCUUCCUGCGGGUGUCUGUGUGGUUUGUAAGCCUGCUGGCAGUUCUGGGGAACGUGGUGGUGCUCCUGGUGCUGCUCACCAGCCACUACAAACUCUCCGUGUCACGUUUCCUCAUGUGCCACCUGGCCUUCGCCGAUCUCUGCAUGGGGAUUUACUUGCUGCUCAUCGCCUCGGUGGAUCUCCACACGCGAGCGGAGUACUUCAACCACGCCAUCGACUGGCAGACGGGCCCUGGCUGCGCUCUCGCUGGGUUCUUCACCGUGUUUUCCAGCGAGCUGUCUGUCUACACGUUGACUGUGAUAACCCUCGAGAGGUGGUACGCCAUCACGUUUGCGAUGCGGCUGGAUCGUAAGUUGCAUCUUCACCACGCGGCUGCGGUUAUGCUAGGGGGUUGGAUCUUCUGCUUCCUGCUGGCGCUGCUCCCACUCGUAGGAGUUAGCAGCUACCAGAAAGUCAGCAUCUGUCUCCCGAUGGACAUCCAAACCACAGAAGCUCUGGUUUAUGUCAUAUCUGUGCUUGUCCUCAACGUCAUGGCUUUUCUUGUCAUCUGCGCUUGCUACGUCAAGAUUUACUGCGCCGUUCACAAUCCGCAAUAUCGUUCCGGAUCUAAAGAUACCAACAUAGCCAAACGCAUGGCGGUCCUCAUCUUUACUGACUUUCUCUGCAUGGCACCGAUUUCCUUCUACGCCAUGUCGGCAGUGUUGGACCAGCCGCUCAUCACCGUCUCCAACUCGAAGAUAUUGUUGGUGCUCUUCUACCCACUCAACUCAUGUGCCAACCCAUUUCUUUACGCUAUCUUCACCAAAGCCUUCAGAGGGGAUGUGUUCAUUCUUCUCAGUAAAAUCGGUCUGUGCCAACGUCAGGCUCAACUGUUCAGAGGUCAGACGGUUUCUUCUAAAGGCAGCAGUGGGACAUCCCAAAUCCGAAAAGACAAAGACAAGUUGCGAAACGGAAGAAGUCCAGGUCAGAAAAAUGCAACUAUUCUCCAGAAGAAAUCCUCCUCGUCUUCAUACCAUCCGGUGGUCGGCCAGCAGGCAAACCUUGAAGACAACCAGAACCUGAAGACGUGAGCUAAACACCAGCCGGAGCUCUCAGAGGAAGAGACGUCGAGGCCUUGAAGCGUUUGCCGGCGGAUCUGUUUGAAUAUUUAACAGAGCGCUCCGGCGGGCUUCCAUUCCAACUUCAGCUGUUUUCACAAUUUGAGCUGCGAGGAUUUUACGGUUCCAGUUGGUGGAGAAUAUCAAGUGUCACUGAAGUAUGACUUUGACCUCAUCUCUUUGACUGUGAGACCUUGUUAUUGAGGCACACAGCAGAAGGAGAAUUCAAAUGAUCGGGACUCAUUGCAUUUUCCAACCGUAAUGUUGGCUAAUGUAAUUUCUGUCACAAUUGCACUUUUAAUGGUUUAUUGUGUUCAAUAUUGAUCACUGUAACAGGCAAGAUGAAUGAUUUUAUGAAAUUUUAUACGCCUAUUCUCAUAGAAUCUAUUUUUUAAGAUUGUUUCGCAUGAUUCUUUUGAAAAAACUACUCGCUUCUUAUGAUACAGUAAUCCCUCGUUUUUCACGGAUAAUUGGUUCCAAAAAGCACCCGC